CUUUACAAACGGUAUGACACGAAGAAGAGUUGCUCCCCUACGCAGCAGUCCUUUACUCCUUUAAGCUCUCUCAAUUUCGUCUCUGCUACGGGCCCCAUCGCCAUCCCCAUCUCCUUCUACACCCACUGCUCUCUUCUCCUCUCUACUCAAUUCAAUUUCAUACCUUUACCAAAUUCCAUUACUUCUUUCUCUCUUUCAAAACUGAUCAUGUCCUUAGGGUUUUCUUCCCAAUACCAACCCGUUUUGUGACAACUCCUUGUAAAAUGUCAAGGCCUAUGUUACUUGUUUUUCUGUUGAUUGUACUAAUAAUCACUUCUCAGUUUGAGUGGAAGCAACCACUUGUUAGUGACCUCGACGCCCCUCCUGCUAUCUCUCAGCAGAAGCAACAACAUGUUUCAAAGAGGGAAGAAGCUGUUAAAGAGAAGAUCAUAUUAUCCCAAGAAAAGAACAUUCAACGACUUAAUGAACUAGUUCGUAGUCUUCGGGAACAAUUACAACAAUGUAGAGGAAGUAAUGAGGCAAACAGCACUGCACGCCCUUUGACUGCACAUGUUAUUGGACUUGAACGACAGCAGCUUCUUGAGGGCUAAGCUGGAUCUUUCAAUCCAGGUCAAUGCCUUUAUUAUGCUGUUUUUACUUGUUAUAAUAUAUAUUUCUGCUCCACCCAAUUUUAAUUGGGCUGCAUUUACAUGUAAAUUAAGAGACAAAAUAGUCCUGAGGAUCAUUAACGCAUAAUGAAAUAUUUUGUGAAAGUCAUCUUAAUGUAAAAUUCUUCAUAUGGCCAAUCACUGUUUUCUGAUUA